AUGAAGAAAAACCCUACUCUUAAAGAGUACAGUAUUCUCUAGAAAUACCCGAGCAAGACGCUCAACAAUACCACAAUCAACACUCUGGCCAAUACAGAGGCACCCAUUGAGGUGUUCCCACCAGAGAUAUUUUUCAAAGAUAUUGAGAGCCAUCAGAACUACGAAGUAACUGUAACAGUGAGGAACAUCAGCAAGAAGGUGCGCAGAAUAAAGUUCUCUCAACCAAAAACUAAUAAGUUUAAGUGUGACUAUGAUAUGCAAGGACCAGUGGCUGCAGGAUUGGCCAUCAAGAUGAACGUUUCAUUUGAGACUGACGUUGAAGGUGACUUCCAUGAUGUGAUUGAGAUCAGCACUGAGGAUCACAAAGAGACCUACAAGCUUUACCUUCAUGCUCUAAAGCCAGGUCCAGAUAUUCAAUUUGAACCUCUUGUCAAUUUCAAAUUCAUCCCAAUCAAUACUACUAAAUAUGAAGAAAUUGAAUUCAAAAACGAGGGCAGAGUUGCUGGAACUGUCAGACUAGAUUUUGAUUAAAAGAAAAACGCUGAGCUCUCAGUAGAGCCUGCAAGAUUCACACUAGAGCCAGAUGAAAUAAGAAAAGUUCGAGUUGGACUUACAGCUACAGAUCCAGACUUUCUUAUGAAGCUAAUUCAAGUUGUUGUCGAAGGACAAGAUAGGGUGAGGAACAUUGAGAUAACUGCAACAAGUGUCGAGCAUCAUCUCUCUAUUGUCUUUGAAGAGGGUGGUGGCCAGAAGAGCUCUCUUAAUUUUGGCACCCUGUACAUGGGAGAAAGAAGAGAGUACCCAGCUUUCUUGGUUAAUAACGGUCCCAAACCAGUAACCUAUAAUUUCAAAUUUUUACAAGGUUUAAGAAAUCUUGAUGACGCUCAUCAUAGUGAAGAUGAGAACUUUGUUUCCCCAAGCCAAGCUGGCAAAGAACUUACUGAAAGAGUAUUGACAGCUGAACCACUGUCUGGAAGUGUCGCCGCUUACUCUUAACUUCCAAUUAAGUUCAUCUGUAGAACUAAGAAAUUUGAAAAAGUUGGAGGAUUCUCAGAUCAUACUCAAAGAAUCAAACCUGAUAAGCCAGGUAGUGCCUCAGCUCCAAGUGAAGAUAAAUAUACUAUAAAGCCAGAGGAGUAUGCUUCUCUAGCAUUGAUCAACUUUGGAGAAGGACAUGAUGAUCUCAAAGUUCAAAUGAUGGCAAGAGCAUGCUACCCAGAAAUCAAGAUAAAUCGUCAAAACAUCUAAUUUGGAGAAUGCGCUACUAAUGAAAGGAAGGAUUAUAACUUGACUAUUAAGAACAAGAAUGAAGAUCUCCCAAUUGAUUUCAACUUUACUAAAAUAGCCCAUUUCCAUGCAAUUCCUGCAAGAGGUAAACUGCUACCUGGAACAGAGCACUCAAUCAAUAUCUCCUUCGAACCGAAGAACUUUGGAGUCUUCAAUUAGUAAAUGGACUUAGAACUGCUCGGUGGAAUUUAUAAGAUCCCAAUCAAGGUUAUGGGUUCUAGCAACUCUAUGGGCUCUAAGACUCUUGGCUAGAGAGGACCAUAGGCUAAGCCGGAUGAUUUCUAGCCACCCAAGAAUUUCAUUGACGAACACCAAGCUGAUUUCCCAGCAGCUAAGACAUUAAGCAAGACCAAUAAGCAAGGAGGUCCCAAUGAUCUACCUAAAUGGCUCCAAGAAAGUACCACAAUGUAAAUAGACUCACAGUUGAAGAUUGAUAACACUGAGAAAAUAGAUCAGUACCUUGUGAUAAAGCAGAACAAGACUAAGUACAAUGAAUUCUUGAAGAAAGAGAGACAAGGAAGAGAGAAGGAUGCAAAGAUUCAAGAAAAAAUGAAGUCAACUUCCAGACCUCCUCCUCAGACAUUCGAAGAAAUCAAGAAUGAUAUUGACUUAGGCAUGGACUUUGGAAUGGAACCUCCACAACUUACCUUACCAGAUCAAGUUGAUCCCUUGUAUGUCGAAAAACCAAUUGGAAAUUAUGAGCCGAUGAACAAUGUGGCCUAGAAGAGAAUUAAAGGCACUGAAAAAGGAUCAGAGACUGAGAGCAGAAUCAUUAGAAAGAAGUUCAAGAGUGAACCAACUACCUAAGCUGAACUCAGAGAUUGCAGCGAGGAAUUAACUGGUGAAUAAUUGUAGAAGAUAAAUGCAGGACCUUAGAUUAUAGACUUUAAGACAGUUUUUGUCAAGUCAACUACAACUAAAAGCUUCAUUGUUACCAAUGAUCUUAGACAGCAUAUUCAUGUGAGAUUGGUUAUACAAGACAAAGAACUGAUUAAGAGCUCUCCAUUGUCUUAAGUCAUUCCUCCUGGAUAGGAAGCUGGAUUUGAUAUCACUUUCUGCAGUGAAUCUUAGCAAGCAGUUACAUUCAAGAGGGAAAUCACUUACUUCAUUAAUGACUCAAAGGCUUUCAAAUUUAGAGUUUAAGCAUAAGCUGAACCAGUUACUCUUGAUAUCUCAAAGAAGUCUUUGAAGUUCUAGUUCCCUGAUGACUUCAUGGAUAUGAGCAUCUCAGAGAACAUUGUCAUUACUAACACUGGUAAUGCCACUGCAAAGUUCAAAUGGAUUUAUGGAGUUUCUGGAGUAUUUGUACCUUCUCCAGUUGAAGACGAAGUUCCGCCUGGAUCUUCUAAAAUAUCUAAGAUUACAUUUACGCCUCCAGGACCCAAACCCGAUGAUGAACUGAUAACGCUUAAAAUUGAAGAUGGUCUUCCAGUAGAUGUUAAGUGUAGUGGAAUAGUUAAUGAAGCUAAAUGCGUAGUUAAGGAAAAGUCCGUAGAAUUCGACAACGUACCAGUGGGUAUCAGGGCAAAGGAAUAAGUGUUCCAUAUUAAAAAUUAGAUAAGAAUUCCAGCUGUAUUUUACGUUUAGUGUGACAAUGAGGAACUGACUAUUAAUCCUUCAAAAGGUAAAAUAUCAGCUGAUUAACAGCAAAUAUUCAAUGUUAGCUUCCUCUCUAAUGUAGAAAAAGAGUUUAACUCUGAAAUCACAGUUCAUAUAAGAGGAGCUAAACCUCUAAAAAUUCCAGUAAGAGCUAAUGCCAUUAUACCCGAUGUUAAAAUUGAGGAAGAUAUAUUCGACUAUGGUGGAGUAACUUUUGGUGAUUCUAAGACAAUGCCACUUACGAUUCACAAUGAUUCAAACAUCGAUGCUAAGAUUAUCCUAGAUUUGAGGGACUACCCAGAAUUUGAAAUUAUACUUCCAAUUGAAAGUGUUGAUGAUGAUGUAGCUUCAGAAAUAAUGGUUCCCAUCGCAGAGCAAAUUAAUUAUAAUGACUUGGAUGAUAUGAAUCCUGAUGAUAUCAAAGAUCCACUAAAUGAAGAUGAGGGAGACGAAGAGGAAGAAGAAGACGAUGAUCAGAAUAAAAGACAUGUCUAGAUUACCUUGAAACCUGAUAAAAGUCCUCUUAAACUCUUGCUCAAGUAUACUCCCUGCGAUGUCGACGAUCCUAGAAAUUUUGAACUACCUCUAAAACUCGCUGGUGUGGGAGAUAUUGAAGGACUGAAUAGAGUUGUAAAGGGAGUCGGUGUAAAGCCCAGAUUCUUGCUUGAACCAACUGUGAUCAAUUUCAAGACGAAAGUUAUUGCGAAAGGAUCAAAGCCUUUACCAUUCCACAAUGACAUAACCAUUUCAAACCCAGAUCAUAACCCAAUUACUUGGUCGAUUGACAGAGAAGUCCUCGAUAAGAGUAAAGUAUUCCAAAUGAAUCCAACUGAGGGUAGAUUAGAACCUGGAACCACUUCAACUGUGAGGGUAACCUUUAAUCCAUUAGAACCUUAAGAGUAUGUUGUUAAAGUUCCUCUCUAUCUUGAUGGGGAUAAGAGUAAAGCCUAUUUAAUGAUCGAAUUCAGGGGCGAGGGAGCAGAAGCUAAGAUCUUCUUUGAUAGAAGAGAAAUUAUUCUUCCAUGCGUUCCACUUGGCUUCCCAGCAAAAGCCACAUUUUUAGUAUGCCAUAAUGGAUAUGAAAACCUUGAGCUUAGACCUAAAAUUGCAACCGAAGUAGGAAAAUUGCCAAUCACUUUGAAUUUCCCUGAUGGUAAAAAUCUUGGGGUAACCAAGCAGAAACUCAAAGUUGAAGCUAUAUUCCAGAAUAAAAAGCCUCUAUCUUUCACUACCCACAUUGAUUUCUAUGAUGAUGAGGGAAAUAAAUUCUCAAUACCAAUAUCAGGUACUACUGAUAAUUCAUUAUUCACAGUAUUCUCUUACAUGUAAAGAAAUCCAGAUGAAAUUAAUUUAGAAUAUGGGCCAGGAAAGCCAAUUAUGAUAGUUCAAGACGCUUCUUCUGAUUAAGAAUCAGGGAAAACAGGAAUCCCAGGAGGAAAAGCAUUUUCAAAGACUGGAGCAUCUUCAGUUAUUUCUAGAACAGCUAGAUCUUUGGUUGGAUUUAAUCCAGUCCCAGUUCAGAUUCUUGAAAAGAAUUGCGAAUAUGUCUGCAGAUGGUUUAAUGCUACACUUCAAAGUUCCACAAUGUAAAAUUUUCCUAAUGAUAUCAUCAACCAAAAUGGAAACUAAGUCUUUGAGUUGAUUGCAUAUUUAUCUGGAAAGAGACCCCCAGGUUAAGCCCCUAAAAUUUUAGGAAAUAAUAAUAAUUAAAAUGCCAAAGAUAAUCUUAAGAUUCUAUUAACUUAAUAUGAAGAACUCAUUAAUUUCCUUAAAGUAAAUGGUGCUCACUUAAAUACAGUUAGACCAGAAUAUCUCCUUAGUUUAAGUGACUACAGCAAAUUCCUUAAAAUGAAUCCUAAAGAGGAAAAUAUGAAGCCAAAGACUUUAGAAAGAAUAUUCCCUUAUCUUUCACAAGAAUCAUGGAUCACAGUAUUUUAUUAAGUCCUGAAAAUAUAUUACCUAAACAGAGUAACUGCUAAGUCUUUCAAAACAUUACCUGGUAUGGCGUAAAAUGAGGCAAAUGUAGAUCCACCAAUGACCUCUUCAAACAUUUACUCAGUGAGUGAAACAAUUCUCCUAAAAUGGAUGUAAUCUCACUAUAAUAAAGUAAAUCCUAUGCAUCCCAAAGCUCUCACAAAUUUUGAUGCUGAUCUUCAUGAUGGACUAGUAUUUGCAUCAUUGAUACGAUCUCACUUUGGUAACUCCAAGAAUAUCAAGGAUAUGAAACCAAGUGUUUACAAUGAAGAGCAAGUUUUAUUCAAUGCCAAGAAAGUUAUUGAAGCUGUUCAUGAGAUUGGACUAUAAACACAUCUAUCACCAAGUGAUAUUGCUAAUCCAAGUGCAAGAGAACUUCUACUAUUCUGUGUUUAGCUUUAUCAAGGACUUCCUCAUUACAUUCCAAAAGCUCAAAUAGAAUUCCCAGCCGUCUUGGGAGAUUUAGUAACCAAGAAUAUUGAGCUAUCAAACCCCUCAAAGAAUCCUAUUAGCUACUGGGUUAAAUUAGAUGGAUCAUCUGAUUUUUCGGUUGAUGAAGAUUGUGUCAGGAUUGAGCCAGGAAAUACAGUUAAUUUCCCUAUUAAAUUCCAAAGUAGAAUAAGUAAUGCUGUUAUGGGAAAGAUUAUAUUCACAAAUAAGAAGGAGGGAAAUAUUUAAGCUGCAGCAAUGGUCUUUGAGAUGGUGUCAAAUGUCUAUGAAAGAAACUCAAUUGAAAAGUUGGAAAAGACAACUAAACUUUAUAAAGCUACUUAAAUUGAUAUUGAACUUCAGAAUCCUUUCCCCUAAGAUGUUGCCUUCAAUGUCUAAAUAAUCUAUGAAAGAAACUAGAAGGCGCCUGGAAAGAAGGGAGCUCAAGGUGCAGCUGGAGCAGCAGCUGGGGCUAAUUAAGGUAAAGGUGAUAAGAACUAGCAAGCUAAUCUGCCUGCUGGAGCGAAGAAAGGUUCAGCACCAGAUCCAAGCAAAGGAAAGAAUCCCAAUGUUCCUGAUCCAUUCUCAUGCAAGCUGGAAAUUGCUAAGGUUAGAAAGAACUAAACAGUCAAUGUGCCUAUUCUCUUCCUACCAUUCGAAUUAGGGGUUCAUAAAUGCUUUGUUGUAUUUACUGAUGAAAAUGUUGGAGAGCUCCAGUAUACCAUCAUUGGAAAAGCUGAACUUCCAGAAAUAAUGGAUUCAUUCACAGAAAAUUGUAAUGCCGAGGAGACAUUCACAAUGAGAAAGCUACUUAAUUAUAAGAAUGACAAGCUAGAACAGGCUAAGAACUAAGUCAUGGAUAAGAAUACUCUUUUGAAAUAACGGGAAGCUGCAGCUCAGUAACAAACUUUAGUUCCUGGUAAAGGAGGAGUAGCAGCUGCUCCUAGUGAUCAGAAAUACUUUGAGAUUGAAAUAUCUCAUCCUUCAUUCACUGGAUAAUCUAGCAUCACUCUAUAUGACCAAGCUAGAAACUUUGGAAGAGAUGCUGCUAAAGGAACUGUUUCAACUCCAAAAGGUGGAGCAAAGUAAAGCAAUCAAAAUCAAGCAGCUGCUGGAGAUCAAGGAAACUUGAAUAUGCUCGAACUCACAGUCAACCCAACCAAGCCAGCAACUUACCCAUGCUUCGUUAUCCUGAAAUCAUUAGACAGGACUGAUAUUAGACUCUAUGAAUUCAAAGUAAAUGCUAUUCCAUAGAAAAUUAAAGCCCAACUUGAAUUCAGAGUCCCAGCAAGAGGAUCUGUUGCCUAAGAAAUUCCAAUAGUGAAUAAUUCUUAAAAAGAAUGGACUGUCACCGCAACAUUAGAUUAAGUAAAGGGAGGUUGUUUCAGUCUAACUAGAAAUCAAAUUGUUGUCAAGAAAAGUACCACAGAGAAUUUCAUAUUGAGUUUUAAGCCUACUUGGGUUUGCACUGUAACAGGAAUGCUAACUCUUCAUAAUAAGAAUACUGGAGAGGUUUAUGAAUAUGAAUUAAAGGGAUUCGGAGAGGAACCUCUGGCUGAAGAUCAUAUUGUACUGAAUUGCAAAGCCAGAGAAACAACCAAGACAUUCUUUGAAAUCAAGAAUCCAACUGAGAAGUAAGCUAACUAUACUGUUUGGACUGACCUUUAAAAUGCAGUAGGAAAGAAGGAAUUCUCAAUAAAGCCUAAAGAUGUUUUCAAGUAUGAACUUGCAAUCACACCAUUGCUUGGAGGAGUGUAUACUGCUUCAAUUACAUUUCAAGAUAACGAGGAAAGAUUUAUGUGGUGGACUGUUGAAGUUAGAACUGAUUCACCAAAACCAGAGAGAACAGUUGAUCUAAAGGCUUUCAUUAGAAAAGCUGCAACUGCUGAAAUAUUCCUCAAUAAUCCACUAAAUGAGCCAAUUAGUUUUGAAGUAUUUUACUCAGGUGAGGGACUUCUUGGAGAUAGUGUAUUCAGUCUUGAGCCAAAAUCAAUUGGAACAUACAAUCUUAUAUUCAGCCCCCUUAUGUCUGGAGAAUUCUAAGGAACUAUAGGCUUUUUAAAUGAGAAGGUAGGGGAAUUCUGGUAUGAUUUGAAUCUUGUUGCUGAAGAAAAUCCACCAGUAAACCUUGAACUUUUAGAGUGCGAACUAGGAAAAGUAGCUUCACAUUUUAUUACUCUUGAAAAUCCAACAGGAAAUGAAUUGCUUCUUGACUACAGAAACUCUAAUCCAACAAACUUUGAAGUCAUUCCAGACAAGAUUGUUUUACCUCCAUAUGAAACACAAAGAGUUUGCAUUCAAUACUCUCCAAGUAAUCUCGAUGUAGUUGAAAGUGGUCAGAUAAUCAUAGAAAAUCCAUAAGUUGGUAAAUGGGAAUUUAAUAUUGAAGGAAAAGGACUUAUUCCAACAAUAAUGGAACCUUAGCCAAUAUCUACAGCUGUAGGAAACAAUACCUCUUCAAUGCUAACUUUCAAGAAUCCCUUCAGAGAGGGAUCAACAGUAUCUGUCCAUAUGGAAACUGAUGAUUCACGUAUUUUCUCACUUCUUCUAAAGAGAAACAAAUUCAAUAUUGGACCUUUAGGUAUUUUACAAAUUCCAUACUCAUUCUCCCCUUAAACUAUGACUGAAAGCAAAGCCACUAUUGUAAUUGGAAUGAGUAAGUAACUAGUUUGGAGAUAUCCACUAAAGGGUAUUGCAGAAAGUGCUUCAACUGUCAUUGACUAUCAUUUCAAAACAAAAGCUAGAAAACCAGUUGAAGAAACAUUGAGAAUUGUUUUGCCAGGAUUUGAGGAUGUGAAUUUCAAUGAUACAUUCAGAUACGAAAUCAAUGUCCAGAACUAAUAGCACAAAGGCUUUAUUGAGAGAUCAGUUUUCUUUGAACAAAAGAAUGAAACUCUCAGUUCAACAAAGGAUCCUUUGAUAUUCUUUAUGAGAUUUGAACCAUUAAGACCUUUCAAGACUAAUACUGAAUUCAUAGUAUACAAGAGCACUGGCGGAAGAUGGAAGUUCAACAUGAUAUUUGAAGCCCUUGAUCCAGAAGUUGAUGAUGUCAUAAUAAUUCAAAGUCCUCUUCACAAGACCUCCAGUGUUUCUUUCAAGCUUUCAAAUCAUAUGAGAACUUUCGCUGAAUUCAACUCCUUCUUUACUCCUGAUUCAGCUCCAGAAUUUGUAGUGUAUCCUAAGACUGGUCUUCUUGAACCAUAUGGAAAGUAAGUAUUUCAAUAAUUUAAUGACUUUAGGGAUGGUACUAACUUCAUAGUUUCUUUUACACCCACUGAAUAUGGAAAAGCUAAAAUUGGAAAACUUGUCAUCCAAACUGAGGAAAUGUAAUGGACUUAUGAAAUUAGGGGUUCUCAUCCUCAAUAUAAGAUUCCAGAAGUCGGAGGAGGAAGAAUCUAAAACAAACUCUCCAAAGAAAUUGCAACAGUUUUUAAAGCUAAGCAUGACGAGAAAAAGAACUUCUUAAAGGAGAAUUUGAAGACAACCAAGCACAAUAAUCCUACAAACCCAGGCCAAAAUUCACCUGGUAAAAAUUAAGGCUAUGGUGGAGCUUCUGUUGCUAAUAUUUCUCAAAGAGGAAAUAACAAGAGCAGAGCUGGAGGCACUACCACUGCUGGAGGCAGAGAUCAAAGCAAUGAUAGGUCAACCUUCCUUAAACCUUGA